CAUAUUCUGAAAAUUUUAAUAAUAAUAAGGUAAAACAGGCCUUUCAUAGUGAGCAAGCUUCCUACGAGAAUCAUUAAAGCAUUGGCUAAGUAGAGUUGAGUUGUUUGAAGACAACUAGUGAAUUUUUUUAGUAUUUGUUUGAAGACACAAAUCCACAUGGAACCUUCGUGAAUAGAGUUGGGAGCGGUAUCUCUCCUUCAAAGCAAUGAAAGAAUUGUUGGGAAGAAAGCGCCAACAACAACGGCUCAAUGGAAGAGGAAAGAAGCAGACACCAGCAUUUCCUUCUUUCCCUUGAGUGAUCUCCAAGUCUUGCAUCCUCUAUUCUUCUGUUUAUUGUUUCUCAAUUUUCAAGCCGCCUCCACACCACGCCCUCCUAUGGAGAAACACAGAUUCCCUUCCCUUCUAAUCCCCUCCAUCAUUGCCUUCCUUGGCCUCAUGGCUUUUGGGUUGUGUGUCGCUGCCGAGUUCAAGAGAUCAAAGAAGAAGGAUGUCAAGCUGAACGGGAAGUUGUGUUAUUUGGCUGAGAGCGGUGCAUUUCAGCUGGGAGUUGCAGCUUUGAUCUGUCUCUUCAUCGCUCAUAUCCUUGGGAACAUGGUGAUUUGCAGAAGAAUUUGCUCAGGGGAGAAGAGCAGCAGUGGCAAGGCUAAGACACCAUGGAUUACAAGCACUCUUCUGGUUGUGUCAUGGAUCAGCUUCGGGGUUGCACUUAUUUUAAUGGGUACAGCCACAAGUAUGAACAGACGGCAGCCCUACACACGAGGAUGGUUGGAUGGGAAAUGCUACGUAGUCAAAGACGGGGUGUACGUUGGCUCAGCAGUGCUAGUCAUGCUUACAAUAGGCUCCACGCUUGGCUCAGUCAUCAUGACAGGAAGGAAGAGUCAGGUUGAACAAGGCCGGAGGAUACACGCACAGCAGCACAAGUAGGACACACAAACUGAUCGGAUUAGAUACAUAUAGAGAGAGCAUUUUUUGGAUAUAACAGCUACACACUGAAGAAGAAAGAUGAAGAGAACAUCAAACAAAGAAAUAAAAAAAUACCAUUCGGGUGUAUUUGGCAUUGGGGGUAGGGGAUUUAAGGCGGUGAAUAAAGGGUUGUCCCACUUGCCCACAACUUUUUCUGUUUUCUUCCUAAUGACAAAAGUAAUCGUUUUCAACUUAAAAAGAAAGAGACGGUUCUUUUGUACAUAUUCUGGGAAAGUUGGUGACUGAUGUGGAUAGACCCUCCAACAUCAUAUCCACACGGUUAUUGACACUUA